AUGAUCCGCCGUACCAAGCUGCUAGGCAUUUGUGGUAUCGUGCUGAUAGCCGUUGUGGGCCUAACGCUGGGUCUCGUGUUCGGACUGCAGAGCGACGACGACGGGAACGAUGCUGAACGAUCGUUCACGAUCGAUUACGACCGGGACACGUUCGUAAUGGAUGGGAAGGACUUUAGGUAUGUAGCGGGAUCAUUCCAUUACUUCCGUGCACUGCCAGAAACGUGGCGUACGAAACUUCGGACGUUGCGUGCCGGCGGACUCAACGCCGUCGACCUGUACGUCCAGUGGUCUUUGCACAAUCCACGCGACGGCGUGUACAACUGGGAUGGCAUCGCGAAUGUUACCGACAUCAUCGAGGCGGCCAUCGAAGAGGACCUGUACGUGAUCCUGCGCCCUGGUCCGUACAUUUGUGCCGAAAUCGACAACGGCGGUCUGCCGUACUGGUUGUUCAACAAGUAUCCCGGUAUUGCGGUACGCACCAGUGACGCUAACUACAUGGAGGAAGUGCGCAAGUGGUACGCCCAGCUGAUGCGCCGUAUGCAACCGUACAUGUACGGAAACGGAGGGCCCAUCAUCAUGGUACAGAUCGAAAACGAGUACGGAGCGUUCGGCAAGUGCGACAAGACGUACCUUAAGUUCCUCAAGCAGGAAACGGAUCGGUAUGUGCAAGGACAAGCCGUCCUGUUCACCGUCGAUCGACCGUAUGAUGAUGAGAUCGGUUGCGGACGCAUCGACGACGUGUUUAUUACGACCGAUUUUGGACUCAUGACGGAUGAGGAGGUGGACACUCACGCGGCCAAGGUGCGCUCGUACCAGCCGAAAGGGCCCCUAGUGAACACCGAGUUCUACACCGGAUGGCUCACGCACUGGCAGGAAUCGAACCAACGCCGGCCGGCUCAACCACUCGCGGCCACGCUGCGAAAGAUGCUCCGGGAUGGUUGGAACGUCGACUUCUAUAUGUACUUCGGCGGUACUAAUUUUGGAUUCUGGGCCGGAGCCAACGAUUGGGGGUUGGGCAAGUACAUGGCUGACAUCACGUCGUACGACUAUGACGCGCCUAUGGAUGAAGCUGGUGAUCCAACGAUGAAGUAUACCAUCUUCCGAGACAUUAUCGCUGAGUACAUACCGCUGGCGGUGAUGCCUGUUCCCGAUCCAGCACCCAAAAUGACCCUCGACGCCUUCUCGUUGACAGUAGUGGAUACGCUUCUUUCGCCACGUGGACGUGAGAUGCUUGGCGUGGAAGCACCUAAUAAGGACGGUAAGUUGCUUAAGUUUGAGGAGCUCAAUCAAAACUCCGGCUUUGUGCUUUACGAGACAACGCUGCCGAAGCUGACACGUGAUCCCAACCAACUCACUAUCAACGGGCUGCACGAUAGGGCCCAGGUGUACUUGAAUCAGUUCCUCGUCGGUACGUUGGCCAGAGAGAAUGCAAUCGAUUCCCUUCCUCUGACGGCUGGUUUUGGCACGGAGCUAGCGAUUCUCGUCGAAAAUCAGGGACGCAUCAAUUUCGACAUUCUUGACGACUACAAGGGUAUUCUUGGGAAUGUCACGAUCCAAACGUUUGCCGAGCCGUACACGAUGGCACUAGAGCAAUGGAAGAUCACAGGAUAUCCUUUCGACGACUACAGCAAGGUGCAACGGUUCGUAGAUACCGUCUCCGGAGGUGCUGGUGGCGAUAGCCGUGGGCUAGCAUUGUAUGGACCAGUGGUUCUGAAAGCUGCCUUUGACGUUUCAACAACUCAAAUCCAGGAUACUUACAUCAAUAUGGAUGGAUGGGGCAAGGGCUUCAUCUUCGUAAAUGGCUUCAAUCUUGGACGGUACUGGCCAGUGGUAGGACCUCAAGUCACGGUGUAUCUCCCGAAGGAGCUGCUUAAGCCAACCGGCAACAUAAUCGUAGUGGUUGAACAGCAAAAGCUUCCCACUGAUCGUAUGCUGCAUUUCUCUGCAAAGCCUAUCUUAGACGAAGCCUAA